AUGCACCAACAAAAGUUCAGAAUGAUGGAAGAAUAUGGGCAGGAAAAUCCAAGAAAAGUUAAACUUGUGAAUGGUGUAGAGGUUAUUUGUUCUGAGGAGUUUUUGCUUGGUAUGGGAAGUGAUGGAACUCGUGUUUACCUUGGAUUCGGAAAAGAUGGUUACGGAAAAGCAGUAAAACGAUUGCUUCGAGAUAACUGUGUGGAGUUAGCAGAACGAGAAAAAGAUAUGUUGAAUGAGUUGAAUGCCAAGCGUUCAAAUUAUGUUGUGAAUUAUUGGUAUCUUGAAGCAGAACCAAGCACAGAUUAUUUGUAUUUGAUAUUAGAUUUGUGUGAAGAAUCGUUAGAAAGUUUUGUGAAAUCUUCUACUUUGCAAGAUCUUCAAAAAGCACUUCCUACAAUUCUUAUGCAGAUUUUAAAAGGUUUAGCUGAUCUUCACAGUGAUCCGUAUCCUAUUCUUCAUCGGGAUUUAAGACCAUCAAACGUUCUUCGAGAUGUACAAGGUAAUUUUUUAAUCGCUGACUUUGGUAUAAGUCAUAUGUUAUCUGAUGAAACUUCGACACAUCGGAGCAUACAAAGAGGAGCUAAAAAUUGGAUAGCUCCAGAGUCAUAUAACGCAUCAGAUGAUACAAUUAAAAAAGUUCGUUACAAAAAAGAGUCUGACAUUAUGAAUGCCGGAAUGGUGGCUUAUUAUGUUGCAACAAAGGGGAAACAUCCUUUUGGACCUGAACGGCAAAGACUAGACAACUUAUUAAACGGAAACCCAGUUGGCUUGGACAAAAUCAAGGAUGCCACGUUCAAAGACCUUUUAUCGUGGAUGCUACAGCUAAAACCGGAAGACAGACCCUUGGCCAACGAAGCAUUGAAACAUCCUUUUCUUAUGUCAGAUGACGAAAAGUUUGAAAUGUUAUGUAAAGUUGGGAACCAACGACCAAUUAAAAUAAAUGAUAUCAAUUCAAGUGUCGUUCAACAAUUAAAUAGUGAACCCUCCGAUUGGAAAAGUCGAAUACAUCAUGAUGCCUAUAAUUAUUUUUGUACUGAUAAGGUGAGUGGAAAGAUUGUUAAGUAUGGGCUUUCAUGGACAGAUUGCUUAAGAUUUAUUCGAAAUGUUGGCCUGCAUUGGUACGAUAAACCACGGCCAACACCACAACCUGAACCACUUGAAAAGAUUGGCGAUCCAAAGGAGUACUUUCUUGAAACAUUUCCAAAUCUUCCUGUUUUGGUGCAUGCGGCUGUCAGAUCAAAUGAUGAAUGGAAAAACAAACCAGAUCUCAAAACCUUUUUCAUUUUUGAUUGA